CUCCUGGCGUCCCAGACGGCUGGGGGAGCCGCCGCCGCCGCUGGGGCUGCGCCGGGGAUGCCCAGCUCGGGCGCCGCCGCUCUCCUCCGCGCGCUGCUCGGCUGAAGGCGCACAGGACUCAAUUACUAGAAUUGUCAACUCUGCUGAUUUAUGUGCACAUUUCUCUUCCACUAUGAGCAGACCAAUUGUAUUGCACAUUUGUCUGGCAUUCUGUAGCCUUGUACUUCUCAACUUUGCCACACAAUGUGUGGCCUUCCCCAAAAUGGAAAGGAGGGAGAUAGCACACGUUCAUGCAGAAAUAGGGCAGCCUGAGAGAAUGAACACAGAUGACCUAGAAAAUGACUCUGUGACUCCAAGGUGCACUCCCCAGUUGGUGGUCUCUGAAGAUCCAAUGAUGGUGUUAGCUGGACCAUCAGCAACGUCAUUAAAUAAAGUAUUUCCUACUAAAAAAGAAGCCCAUCCAGUAGGAGCUGGGCUCAUGCAGCCUAACAGCCCUGACAUUUACACUGCUACUGAGACAGUGGUCCCUGCCAAGGAGGAAGUGUUUGUUUCCAGCCAGCCAGAGACGGUGUCUCCUGAAAGCCGACUUUCCGACGCUGUGCUAACCAGUCCUAUCCCUGCAACUGCUCCUCUGAAUAUCGACAAGAAGGAGGAACACUUCGGUAGUACCAUCAUUCAGCCCCUUGUAGAAGGGACCACAGAAGCCACACAGGGUUUUCUGAAGUAUGCAGAUGAUCAAUUGUUUGCAAGUGAAAGUCAGGAAAGAGUUAGUCUGGGACAUUUACCUUCAUCCGAUGUGAAUACUAAAGAAAUGCUAACCGCCAAUCCCAGGACUGAGAAAUCUGAAGCAGACACAGAACACAGGGCAGCUUUUUUUCCCGGAGCUGAGCCCAUAGUGGGCACGGAGCCUGGAAGCCCCAUGCCUGAGAGGGAGAAGCCUUCGCAGAUGACAGCUGAUCAUACCCAGGCUACUGCCACCAAGCACCGGCUCACAACCUCUGAGUACACCCUGAGUGUUGAGCCAGAAACUGACAGGCUGCUGGGAGCCCCAGGGUUCCCAGUGAGUGUCAGCGCAGCUGUUCCAGCUGCCUCUGUCUCGAGUGAUGCGUGGGAUGACAUCAAAUUAGAGCAUCUAAGCCAGAUAAAGACCCCAAAGCUUGGAGACGAUAUAGAGACUCAGGUGGGAACGGAAACAUCUCAGAUAGCCCAAGAAACCGAUAAUGACCCUGUGGAAGGUAUGGAAGAGGGCAAACCUGUGACCGAGGCUUCAGAUAUGGCUCUGGGGCUGCUGGAAGGGGAAGCACCCAUGGGGACAGCCCUGCUAAUGGCACAGGGGGAGGCGCCAUCAUCUGCCUUCACCGAUCAAAGUUCCUUUACUCCCACAAGUCCUGUGGAAGAUAGGAAGGUCUCUGUUGUCAGCCUCUUGCAAGAUACUGCAGACUUCAUGGAGUCUACUAGAGAAAAUGAUGCAAUGGUUUUCUUAGAGACCACUGUUUCCAUCUCAGAAUAUGAAGCUGAGGCACGUCAACCAUUAGGAAAUCCAUUGAAAGACAUCAUCACUCAAGAGAUGACAACAGCUGUUGAAGAAACAGAAGCCACUUUAUCAUUGGUGAUGCAAGAGCAGGAGGUUUCUACCCUCGAGGUUACUGGAGAAAAUGGUAAGACCGAGGAAGGAAGAGGGUCUCUCUCCGCCACAUCUGCAGUUCCUGCUGUUACUCAGCUGUCGAGGAGAUGGGAGCCCCGGCCCACUAUGGUUUCAGCUACAGCCGUGCCUCUGUCUUUCGAAGUUACUUCUGCUCUGGAAGACCUAAUGGACACUCUCACGCGGCCAAACGAGGAAUUGUUCACACCAGUUUGGGGCUCUCCAGUGACUCCCCCUGGAAUAAUGGAGGAAGCCCCCAGCCUUUUCCCAGUGCUUCCUGAUGCUGAGGCCUCCUCGGAGAGAAGAACCGUUGUCCCAUCCAUUAGCCAUGUUAAUACGGCUGCCUCAUAUGGCCUGGACCAACUUGAAUCUGAAGAGGGAGAAGCAGGCUUCCUGCUGAGCAGGGAGCCCAGUGUGGGGCUCCAUCCCAGGACCCCGGGAUCAUGACCUGAGCCAAAGGCAGACGCUUAACCCACUGAGCCACCCAGGCAACCUGCAAAUGUUGUUUUUGUGAAAAGAUUAAGAGGUAUGUAUUCCAUCUGCAGUGUAGAUCAGGGGUCAAUAAACUGUGGUCUGGCCAAAUCUGGCCUGCCAUCUAUUUUUGUAUGACCUGCAAGUUAAGAAUGAUCUUUACAUUUUCAAAUGAUUGAAAAAAAAUUAGAAGAAGCACACUAUUUUGUGACAUGUAAAGUUAAAUAAAAUUCAAAUUUCAGUGUUCCUCAGUAAGGCUGGAUUGGGACCAGCUGCACUUGCUCAUUUACAUCUUAUCUGUGGCUACUUUAGUGCCAGACGAUCAGAGUCGAGUCGUUGUGACAGAGACUGUGCACAAAGCCUCCAUUAUUUACCGUACGGCCCUUUACUGAAAAACCUUGCUGACCUCUGGUCUAGGUCAGUAGUUCUUAACUCCAGGUGAACAUUAGGAACACUUUGUGGCGCUUUAAAAAAUCCUACCGCCUGAUCCCUCCCAGGGAUUCUGAUUCAGUUGGUAUAGGGUGUGAUCUGGUGUCCACAUUUUUAAAGAGUGCUUUUGAUGAUUUAGAUCUGCAGGCUUCAUUGAGGAUGCUGGUUUAAAUGGAAAAUUCGAGUUUCCCCACCAGAUUUUCUUAGGUGGACAUUUUAUAGUAGAUUGUGUUUUCACAGCACUGCUCUCAUUGUUAGUGCUGUGGUCUUUCUUUUUUUCUUUUCUUUUCUUUUCUUUUCUUUUCUUUUCUUUUCUUUUCUUUUCUUUUCUUUUCUUUUCUUUUCCUUUCCUUCUUUCUUAACAUCUCCGGGUUACGAUGUUGUACUGUUUGGCGGGGGGCAGUCUCUUCGCCUGUGAAGACUGAAAAAUGCAUGCCAAAUUAUACUUUCCAAGACAUUGGUUGUGAGCAUGAAAAAGAUGCCUGGAGCCCAGCCGCACAACCACAAACAAGAAGACUGGAAAUAUGAUGAAAGGUCAUUUAAUUCAUCAGCAUUUUGGCAGGUGAACGGCUUCUGGCCGGAGGUCCAGAGAUUUGUAAUGCUGAGUUUCUAGAACUAAUCUAGGGGACAGGUAAGCUUUGGGGCACUAAAUUAGCCAUGGGCUUGAUGCCGUAAAGACAUAGGACGUGCUGUUAUGUGAUGUUUCAUCUCCUGUAGAGCAGGGAGGGUAGUUCAGCCAGGUUUGCUGCAGAGUCUGUCACACUCUCAGGGUAACACUGGCAGUUUUCUGGCAGAGAAACAUGACAUUUUGGGAGUAUUCUGGAGAAUCCAUAGUAGGAUGCUAGUUUAAGAGAUGGAUCAAAGCAAGCUCUGAGGCUAACAGCUCUUGCAUUCCGCAUCGAGAUAAAAAACGUGUGACUUUGAGAUUAAUCUCAUAUUAGCUGUCUGCUCUCUUUGACACCAUCUGGAAAAAGCAGGUUCCCCCAAAUUAACCUGAGUUAGAGAUGACAGCUUUACACGGCAGGGCUCAUUAAAUCAGAGGAAAAAAAAAUAUAUUUGUGAGUAAUCCAUACUUGUGAAACUGCAAUAAUUUUCUAAAUUUAGUAGAUGAUGGCAGUUGCAUUGAAAUAUGUGAGAAUUUUCUUGACUUGCCUAAGAUGUCCUGGAGUUUUAGUGCUUUUCUUCUACACAGUUCAAUUCUGGCUUCUUUUUGAGAAUACAUUUUGUCAGUUUUUGAUCGAAAUUUCUAUCCUCAUCAAGGCUUAUGAAAGACGUUUUUGGUUUAAAAAUAUUCUUUCUGCUACACUGUUGGGCUGAAGAUCAGAUUUUGAAUGAGCACACCUUUUCUCCUAGAUCCCGGGAAGUGCCAUUUAUGUUUAAUCAGUGUACAUUAAUAAUGUCACAAUUAAUUUUAUGCUGAUGCCUCUACUCCUCUGGGCUACACUUAUUUAGACAGAUAAGCCUGCUGGACUCCUGAAUGUGUUGGGGGCCUCCCCAGUGCGGGUUUCCACCUUGCCCAGGAAUGUAAGCAUACCUUGAGAGCUUUGGGGGAAGGACUUUAAUUUUAUUGUAGGAUUAUAUAUACCCGGAGGCAGAUCAUUUAUUCUUACCCAGAACAGUAGGUUGUGCUGUGUCAAGUUGCCUACCUUUCAAGUUUUAAUCUCUGUGAUGAGUUGACAAAUGACAUACAGUUCUCCAACUUAAGAUGUGUGUUUAUUUAAUAUUAUUAAACUCCUUAGAUGUUAUUUUAGUAUCUUCUUUCCCACUAGGGGACAAAAUGGAAUUCCAUUCCAGAGAAUGGAAUAUUUUUCUCAAUGGUAUAUGGGCAAGACCUGCCCUUACUAGACAGCGGACAACCCAGGAGCAAGAACCUUUGUAGAAAUUUCUGAAUGUUUAUCCUUUAAGGGA